AAGAGGGAUAUAAUGUGAGCUUUUACAACAACAACUGGUCUUGCCUGUGAUGUGAUUACAAACAUCCAUGGGUGGGACUUUCACAUCCAAAGGCGGGGUGACGUUUUCCGUAUAAAUACUCGAGGCACUACAUGACCCUGUGGGUGACUUCUCAUCAGUUUAGGAACGCAUUUCCCCACGCGCGGGAUUUUAUUCGGAACGGACCUGUGAGAAAAUCCUGGAAAGUCAAAGACAAUGUUGGUUUUUGCGCCUGUGGAAAUCUGAGCGUGCUGGCAUCAAGAAAAUGACUCAAGAUGAAAAGUCAAGUGUGAGGGAAAAGAGCGAGAGAGUUGAUUUUGACCUCAGUGAAAGCACACCGUUCCCAAACCGCAUGACUAGUGCUGGCGACGCACAUCACACCACCGGAUAGUGGAGAGGAUAAAAGGCGCACAGGAGCGCUCAGCUAUUUCCUACUGUAGUCCAAACGGACACCAGCACUCCCUCUUUCAACAUGGAUGGCUACAAUUGGACGUCAAUAUCUGAGAAUGUCAGCGUGUCUUCCUCCGAGCCAUACCUCACCUCCAACAAUAUCUCAGAUGUGGCCGCACCAAUGCCCUUCGAUGUGAUCACCGCAGUCGUAUACACUAUAGUCUUCAUUGUGGGUCUUCUAGGUAACACGCUGGCCAUCUACGUGGUGGUUCGCUACGCCAAGAUGAAGACAGUAACCAACAUGUACAUCCUCAAUUUAGCCUUGGCGGAUGAACUCUACAUCCUGGGAAUUCCUUUCCUAGGCACUAAUAGUGUGCUUUCCUACUGGCCAUAUGGGGAUUUCUUCUGCAAGGUGUGCAUGACUGCUGAUGCCAUGAGCCAGUUCGCCUCCACCUUUUGCCUGACGGUGAUGAGCAUUGAUCGCUACCUGGCCGUGGUUCAUCCUAUUCGCAGUGCCAAAUGGCGGAAGCCACAGGUGGCCAAGGUUUUCAAUGGUAUACUGUGGGUUGUGUCCUUUCUGAUUGUGCUGCCGGUCACGAUCUACUCACAUGUACAGGAGGAGCUCAACACCUGCAACAUAACCUGGCCUGAGCCAAGGGAAUUGUGGUCCAUUGUCUUCAUCCUCUACACAGCCAUCCUGGGCUUCUUUGGUCCUCUGGUUGUCAUCUGCCUCUGCUACCUGCUCAUUGUCAUCAAGGUGAGAUCAGCAGGUGUGCGUGCAGGCCUGACUAAGCGGCGUAAGUCGGAGCGUAAGGUGACGCGCAUGGUGGUGAUCAUCGUGUUGGUGUUUGUGCUUUGUUGGCUACCCUUCUUCACUACCAACAUUGUCAACCUGAUUCAUAUCAUCCCUGAGAACAAAACCACAGCUGCAGUCUACUUCUUCCUGGUCAUCCUCACCUAUGUCAAUUCCUGCGCCAACCCAGUCCUCUAUGGCUUUCUCUCUGACAACUUCAAGCAGAGCUUCCAGAAGGUGCUCUGCGUCCACAAACCAAAUGGUGUUGGCACUACAGACCAGAUGGGGUGUAGAAAGAAGGCACCCAAGGAAAACCACAAUCCAAUGUUCUCUUCCAGAAGUAACACACAGAAUGGAAAAAUGCAAAGCAUUCAGAUGGAGGUUACUGGGGACCUUGACAGUGCGCCUUUAGCUUCAAAAACAGUGGUGAAUGGCCAGUCAGCGCUAUGAAUGCGCUACAACGCGGAACAUGAACGAUUUACUCCUGGAUCUUUUAUUGAUUGCUAUUUCCUGUCUUUAUGGCUGAUCCUCCCUCUCUGACUGGGACAUUUGUGGAGAGGACCAGAGGAGCAAAGUAGAAAGAAAAUGUAUGUUUUAUAUUUGAUCAUAUUUUAGUAAGAAACCUUGUUUUCUGAUCUGCUUUUGUUUUAUUUGCUGAUGCUUUUUGAUAUUAAUGCAUACUCAACACUUCCGCUGUGUGUACCUGUUAUCUUGAUAAAUUUAGUAUAAUGUACAUUUCACAGUACUAAGAGACAUCUGUUCAGGAAGUGUUGAGUAGACAGUAGUACAAGCUAGCUUCACACCAAAUGACUGGAAUUAAUCAAUGAGUGACAGUAUUUCUGUUAAAGCAAUAUUUUGACAUUUUUGGAAAUACGCUUAUUAGCAUUCUGUCGGAGAAUGAGAAGAUUGAUACCACUAAAUAGGCUAUAAGGCUACAACUAUAGCUUAGCUUAGCAUGAAGACUGGAAAAAGGGGGAAACAGCUAGCUAAUUGUAUGGCGAAUUGUCCAGCAAAUUGUUGUUUUUACACUUCGGUUUUUGUAUAGACUAAUCACAUGACAUAUAACAUGUUAAUUAAUGAGCUUUAGAGGUGCUGGUAGAAUUUUAUUACCUUUGGACAGAGCCAGGCUAGCUGUUUCCCCCUGUUUCCAGUCUUAAUGCCUGUCUUAAUAAAGUAAUAGCCUUAUAUUUAAAAACACAACGCAAUGAAAAUUACAUUCUCCAAAUUAUAACCCUGUGUCCCUGUGUUGAUUAUUCAUUUAUCUCUUGUUACAUGCUAAAUAUGUAUCAUAAAAUUUUUAGAAUGUUAUAUAUAAAUCCCUUUCUUUUCUUUUUCUGUAAAACAUAAAAAUUACUCAUCUUGAACUUGGUUCAUUUAUCCAGUCAAAUGUUAUUUUGAGUGACUAGCUAACCCCGCCCAUCAUAUAAAACCGUACUUGAUCAGUAUAGCUAGCAGAGCAAACAUCACAUUACUGAAACUAAAGACGCUCUAACUUUCAUUUCACUGUGACUAAUGGGCAGACAAAUCAAUCUUCUCAUCUAACUCUGAGCUAGAAAGCAAAUAAGUGUAUUUAAUAGUGAUGGAAUUAGUGCUGUGGAAAUGUACAUCAUGCUGAAUGUACCAUGUGAGCCAUUAUAGUACAGGUAAUUUCACCCUGCUCAGUGAUUAUUUCUCUAGGCCUUUAUUGGGCAUCAUGCUUUUAUUCACACCAGCUAUCACCCCAGCUAUUAUUUGAAACUUUUUCUUUCCUUAUUUUGAAAAUGUACAGUAAUGUAUACUGCUAUAACUAGAGUGAGCACUGUUCUGCUGGUUAUUGUAAAUCUGGUUAAAAUAUGUUUGAUGCUCAUGACAAUUAUAUUUCUUUUAGCCUGUUAAGUUUUUAUAGGCUUUUUGUGACAUUUUGACUUCAAUGUUACACAUCUGUGAAAAAUCCCUUGAAAUAGCACAGCCAUGCAUUGUCCUCUAGUGGAUUCUCUUUUGUCUCACAUUUCUAAAACAACAUCCACUGGAAUGGACGCUAUGGUGAAGUAAAGUAACAUUUCGUUUUCCGAACCUCAGCAACACAUCAUUAUCACAUCCUGACUCAUUGUUUAGCUGCUGGACUAUGAGCUUUGACAUUUGAUGCCAACAUUAUUUGGAAGUUGCUGGACAACACUGUGGCAUCUCCAUAGUUGUAACUUGAGCCAAGCAAGACCAUGUUAAUAAUGUUUAUCGUGAGGUUGAGCUUCUUUGAAAAACUACUCAGUAAGAUGGACCUGUGGAAACAUGGAUACCUUACAGGAGACAAGGGAUUUUUUGUGUGUUAGAAACACUGUGAAUAAAAUUUUGAAUAUGGAAUCUUGAGUUCCAUGACAUCCUCACACAUAUAACUAAAUUGCUAACUCAGUCAUUCUGUUAAAGAAGCCAUCAUGAAUAUUAAUAAACAAUCAAGUCUCUA